AUGUACAUUGGCACGGUAUUACGUCUCAAUGUGAUCUUACAUUUAAUUCAAGUGGAGGGUAAAUUUUCAUGGAUUUUUUUUUUUUCUCCAGGGUAUACAUUUAAAUUUCGUCCGCGGUUUUUUUUAGUUCUGGAGGAGUUCGCGGAGGGCGCCACGUCCGAGGAAACUGCGCAGAGGGCCCGAGAGGAUGCCGAGGAGGGCGUCAAUUCUGAAGGUGGAGGGAGGCCGAUAAAGAGCGAAAACGUGACCGAGCACGAAGUCGGCCAGCCGCAGGAAAGACCGCAACGCGAACGGCACCAGCAGCAUCCGCAGCACCAGCAGUUAGGUUAUGUCGUCGUCGACGAAGAAGGGGACGCCGUGGGCGUGCUGGAGGCGGGUCGACCGGAAAUGGAAAAUGGCGGGCUGGUGGAGCCGUCGGACACGGAAGCCAUCGGAAUAUCCGUCCGCCCAGCUCCCGAGGACGAUCCCGAGACGACCUACACUCUUCAUCAGAUGGGGUACCACCAGGUGGAAGAAAUUAUUCAAGAAAGGGACUUCCUCUCCCCCCGCUACGGGGAUGCCAGCGAGCCGAGGGAAGAGGAGCACUACCGACAGCAAGUCUCCCAUCGUCCCCACCACUACCACCAUCAGCAGCAUCGGACAGAGCAUCAGCGCUACGACCAGCUCGGGGCGGGAGAGGUCCCGGUUCCCGAGGGAGGGGAUAGUUGCCCCCCGUCCGAGGCCUCGGUCCCACCGGAGGGAACCCGGGCCUCCAGUCACAUGCCGCACUCCACGAUGCACCGGUACAGAGCGGAGGUGCUCUCGCCGUCCGACCACCAGCACCAUCACCAGGCGCACCACCACCUCGCGCAUCGGCACCUCGAGGACCACCAGCGCCGUCAGGAUCCCCAGGAAGGGGACGAAGACGGGGAUCGAGUUAGCGGAAUCGGCGCGGCGAUGCGCGGAACCAGGAUGGACUUCCCCCUGGGGGUCCUGUUCCCGAGUCUGGGGACCAACGGGGCCGGGAAUUCAUCCGAGGGCGAGCACCAUCACCUGGAGGACGUUCUUCCCGAGGACCCCUACAUGCAGCAUCACAUCGCGGCGGCCAACGGAGGUCCUGGAGACGACGUCUCGCCUAACGUCAGGAUCGGCAGCUCCCCAGGGUCCAGUAGAAGUCCUCGAGAUGAACCCAACGUGUCCUCUCCUCGACGAUCCUCUCAGGACGGAGGGUACAGCCCCAGCGACCAGGGCAGGCUGCAGUCCUUCACCCAUCUCACCGACAUGCAACCUGCGGCCUCCGUCCAGGGCAACCACGGACUCCAAGACCCGGAUCGCGUCGGCGACCCCGUUUACAUCGAGUCCAUCUAUGCCCAUCACGCGGUGGGGACGCCGCAUCAUCACCAGGACCACGACCAAGUGUCGACGCCUCACUCACCGGGUGGACCUCUAUCCAGUUCGCCUCUGUAUCGCACGAUGAGUGGAGUCGGUACAAUGGGUGGAGGCGCCGUUUGCAGCAACAGUUACUCCUUACCGUACAUGACGAGCAAUUCUUCGGAACUCACGGCAUCCCCUCAGCAACUUUGGUCCUCCCAAGGGUUAAACACGUCACUUCCGGCGAUGUCCGAGGAAUAUUGCAGCAAGUCCUCCGGGACGAUGCCCCAUCAGAGUUUACCGGCGUUUUCGCAACCCUUCACCGGGAGGCCGUCUUUUCGAGGGUAUAGUCCUACCUAUUCCUCUCAGCAGACUUCCGGUGUCGUAAGCACCGGUGCUGGGGACACCGCCUCCUGGUCCUACGUUACUCAGUCCAGUGACGUCCUCUCGUCCCCGUACGGACGCGUCGGAGGUGCGUCGCGACGCCAGGCACCGUCGACGCCCACCACGCCUGUUGCGCAUCAACUCAGCGCAGCUGCCAGCCUCACUGCGAUGCACGCCAUCGAAGCGGAAUACUAUACCGAGGGCAGGGAAUGCGUUAAUUGCGGGGCGAUUAGGACCCCUCUGUGGCGAAGAGACCGCACCGGGCAUUACCUCUGCAACGCUUGCGGACUCUACAACAAGAUGAAUGGAAUGAAUCGUCCUCUUGGGAAGCCUACACGGCGCGUGUCCGCGUCGAAGCGUGCAGGCGUAUCGUGCAGUAAUUGUCAUACGACAGUGACAACUUUGUGGCGGCGAAAUUCCGCGGGAGAAACGGUCUGUAAUGCGUGUGGACUGUAUUCAAAGUUGCACGGCAUUAACAGACCUUUGUCAAUGAAGAAGGACACCAUUCAGACUCGGAAGAGGAAGCAGAAGGGCGGCAUGAAAUCCACCGACACGCCAAUUUCUCGGGCCGUUGUUCCCUGCAACAUUAAUAACAAUAAUAGCAUCAAUAACAAUAACAACAGUCUGAAAAUUGAACCAGAUCAUUUCGCUCAUCUUAGAGUGAGUCAUGACACACUUGCCCAAGUGUCGUACCCCAGCAUCCUGUAUGGAAAUUCCCAAACGACCACCCGAAUUAUGUCGUACCAACCGACAACGACAAGCCCGUAUUACGAUAUGAUGACCUCGCAACAGCAACAGCACCAGCAACAACAGCACCAGCAGCAGCAACUCAUCGAUGGCCAUUCUCCAAAAGCGGAGUGCCCUUCCCCACCUGUGGGUUCUCCAGUCGUUGGGUUCCCUGGCCACUCACCUGAUCAUCAUCAGCUGACCCCGUCACAUAUCGUCACAUUGGGAUAUUCAUCGCCUAGUUCCACUUGCAGCAAGGUCAUGAUGGAAAAUGGCCAUUUAGAGAGACACACCGUGGUCUCGAUAUCGUCAUAGGAAACCGUGGACGUUGUUACUGGUCGCUAUUGUAAAAUUCUUUCACCUUUCUUUGCCCGAUGUGAUAGGUAUGGACCUGAUAUCGAUAUUAGUCAUGUGGCGAGUCGAAUACUUUACCAACUCGAAUGACUCGAUUAAUGCCGACUCGAGUAGAAUUGAUGUAAUGAGUUGAGUACUUGAUCGAUUCGAGUCACUCCAACAUUGCUAACUUGCUUGGCCUCUGACAGAUAAUAAUCUCUCUGUGGUGUACAUAACGUUUUCCAAAAACCUUUCGAUAGUUCAAUGGUAAGGCUAAGUUUGUAAAUAUUUCUCUUAGUUUAUUGUUUCUUUAGCGUUAGGCUUCCUUCGACGAGGUGACUCGUUUUUCAACGUCAUUUUGGAUCUUCAUUGUUUAAGAAGGGCCUCGAGAUAAUAACUUCGGUGUGCAAUUUCGACAUGUUUCAUAGCUUGGAUUCCACCAUCGGGACUGGGGUGAAAAUCAUUGAUUUUUUUAUCCUUGGAAUUCUUAUGUUUUUCCAGGUUCGCGUUGCAAACUAUGUUAGAUAUCGUAGACAUAUGCUACCUUGCCUACCCUCGUUAUAUAUGUAUAAGUAUUUAUAUAAAUUUAUAUAAUUAUUCGGAAAUAGGGUCCCGUUUCAUUUAAUCUUUCUCAAAUUAUUUCACGGUGAAAUUCUGUAAAAUUUAUGCUUUCUUAAAGGAAAAGAAAUGUUAAAUUUUUAUCGAGAAAGAGAAUACAAGACUUGAUCGAUACUUAAUCAUAAACCAAAUGAAUUCGUUAAUUUGACGUAUUUAGUUGAAUAAAUGAAGGAGGGUGUAUCUUAAUAAUUUUUAUAAACAUUGAAAAGCACGAUUACAAGAUUGUUUAAUUGUUAACUGUUCGCGGAUAUAUCGAUAGCUCAGCAAUUUUGGUAUUCAAACUUUUCAAAACAUAUUUGAUCGGACCGCGAAUAAAAAAUUAUUGCCCAUGUCACUAGUCAGUUAUUAAUGUCUCUGUAUUUUAUCAAAAUUGUUUGGAAUUGGAAUUUCAAUAGAGAGAGUGUCGAUAGAUCGUUCAAUUCGAUCGCGUGUUCAAAUGUUAUUAUUUUUGCAUGGUCAUUGAACAUGUCCGUUUUCCAUUGCGGUUUAAAAAUACCAUCUAAGGGCAGGAAUGGCUUUACCAAAGACUUCAUGAUGUCGGUUUAAUAUUACAUGUUACCAACAAGUUUGACGGCGAAUUUAUAGGAAAAUGGAAUAACGUUUGCCGAAUAUUUUCUCUUAACUCUUACCAAAGACAUUUCCGGCUGAACGACUUUUGUAAUAAAGAAGACACUUGGGAUGCCGCCGAAAUGUAAUCCCUGUCCUCUGUACAUAGAUAUUAAUUGGUAGAUAAGUGGAAGUAGAAUUAUUCUAAAAAUAAUCUCACUAAUGGUGAAUCAUCGUUAUACAUAAAACAAUGCGAGACAACUUAAUGAGGUGCAUUCCCGCGAAAGUUCGCCAAGAAAGAUUCCGAUUGUUACGCGUGGAGGCCAUACGGUUUACAAUAAAGUAUUAAUUAUUUUUAUAUCCUUAACCGAAGUUCCAGCAGAAUGGCACGUUGUUUCUCUCGACACGUUCGUAUCGUCUUUUAACAGAUUAUUUACCGGCGGAUUUGGGGAUAAAUGGCGAUCACGUGAAUUGCAAAAUCGAUUAUUAGGCUCUCGGUAGAUAAUGUGAUAACACAUAACUGAUAACUCGUCCCCUCGUGUUUAAUUCAACGACCAUAUACAAAUCCAUCUCUUAUAAUAUAUUUUUCGGAAUGUUGUAUCGAGUCAUCGGUUUAUCUCAAAUAAAA